GUGAUCGAAAUGAAGGAUAAAAUCAUUUCACCGGGGAUAUUCAAGAUCGUUAUGGACUCCAUCUACACUGGUGAUCUUUAUGUUAACCAGAAGAGCGUAUUUGAGGUUCUUUUCACAGCUAGUCAGCUUCAGGUCGCAAGUGUAGUUCAAUUGUGUUGUGAUUUCAUAAAGAAGGAAUUCAUAGAAAACGGAAUUGACGUGAAGAACUACUCCGUGCUUUGCACAGUCGCCGAAAGACUCGGUCUGAGAGAUCUACAAGAGGCAGCCGAGACCAAGAUGGCACCCUUGUACAAAGAUGUUUGCGAAAGUAAAGAAUUCCUGACUCAUAUCAGUGCAGCUCAGCUACUCAGCCUUCUUGGUCGAGAUGACCUCAAUUCACCCUCCGAAGCUUUCGUUUUCAAAUCGGCGAUGAAGUGGAUCAAAUGCAAAGGUGAAGAAAGGAUGGAAGUUGCUGGAAAAGUUAUCGGAGCUGUUCGUCUUGGGCUGGUAGACGUGAAGAUUGUGAUUGAAGAGUUAAAAACAGAAGAAAUGCAGCGAGUUCCGGAGGUAAACAUGAUACAUCUGCAAGAAUCCAUGAUGCAUCACGUCAUGCCUUCUCAUGAGUUUGCUGCUGAGAAAGUGAACCUCGAUCAAUGAGUUCUAUUGAAGUCAAACGUCCAACGCACUAUAUGUCGUUUAAUCGAUUUCACGAAAUGUACGAUACAAGUCAAAGCGAUGCGAAGCGAGCGGUAGAAACGUUGUAUAACUAGGACGGCUAGGAACACGAAAGUCAAAAGCGGAGAAGACUGUAAGCGAACUUGAUAAAAAGAAACGUAACGAUGGAAAAACACAAGUCAACUGAGCAAAAACGCAUGCAAAGGGGCCUUAACGAGACGAAAUUAUACGAAAACACCUAACAGAAUAUUGAUUAGGUAAAAGCGAGAAAAAAAAACACAAAGAAUGCUGUAACGAGAGAGGAAAAAUGCGUGUACAAACGAGAAAACAAACAAAAGAAACAAAUACAGCCAUGCGGCGGUAACAGA